UGCUUUCAGUCUGCUCGACGUCGUACUGUAAUCCAGGCGUCAACAUCCGAGUUACUACGAGGUCUUGGCCAAUUUAUCGCCCAGAACAGUCAUAUCGCUGCCUUUGAACCAGCUCAUCUCGUCAUGUGGCUACGUACUGUUGAUCGAGCACUCCUACUACAGGGCUGGCAGGAUGUUGCAUUCAUCAAUCCGGCAAAUUUGGUUUUCGUUUUUCUGAUUAUCAGAGAAGUAAUACCAGGUAAGCAAGUCCCUAUGGAUAUGGACAACCCAAAAAGGACCAGAAAUGAGGAAUCCAUCCAUACUGUGGACGAUUUACACGCAUGGGUACUGACAUGUCUCUAUAUCAGCUACUCCUAUAUGGGCAAUGAAAUCUCGUACCCUUUGAAGCCUUUCCUCAUCGAACUUGACCGUGAUAAAUUCUGGGAACGAUGUGUGACGAUUGUGACGAAUCACAGCCAAGAUAUGCUUCGACUGAAUUCGUCGUCUGCGUUUUUCACCGAGGUAUUCAGCGAACUCAAAACAUAUUCGACGGAUUUUUGA